AUCCGGGCAUGCGUAGUAGAUUCAGCGUUUUCUUAUCUUACUGGUGUAUAGCUUUUGACUAAUUUCAAAUUGUUUUUGUUUUGUUUUUUUCCAUAAACUUUUAAUUUCUUUUCUUGCUCCGUGCUUCUUAAAUACAGGAGAAACAAUAAGUCAUUUCAUUUCUGGAUUUACAAACAUGCAAGCAACUUCUAACGCCACAGAUAUCACUUCAUCUUUGGCGCAUCCACUUCCACCACAAAUGUCUGAAACGAUGAUUUCUUCAGACUCCUCGGAAGAAGCUGCUAAGGCUAGCUCUAGAUCAGCUACCGCCGAAUCCUGCACGUCUACAACCCAAGUAAAUGAAACAUCACAAAGCUCAAGAGCAAGCGAUGGACAUGAUGAAGGCCCAGGUUCAGCCAGUGCACUUGCUGUUAAAAACCAGUGUAUCAGUAAUGAGGCAGAUAAUGACAAUACCAGUGAAAUCAGUGAUUUCUCAGACUUGAGUCAGGAGUCAUGGCAACCAGUACAAGGUCCCAUAGCCUGGGUUCAGGAACAGAUGAGAAAAGGACAGAGCCCUCACAAAAUAUUGGAAGACCUUGUACCAUCUGGUACCGUGAUUCCUGAGGGUCUUGAUCCAAUAAUGUUGUGGAAGAUCAUCAUUAGUAUUGUUUCGGAGCCACCAAAGCGCAAGAAACUGACAGACAUUAACACAUUAGAUGAUGUGCUUAGGCUGCUCAGAAACUCAAAAAAGAUAAUGGUUUUGACUGGUGCAGGGGUUUCUGUAUCAUGUGGUAUACCAGAUUUUCGAUCUCGUGAUGGUAUAUAUGCAAGACUGGCUAAGGAUUUUCCCAAUCUUCCAGAUCCACAGGCAAUGUUUGAUAUACACUUUUUCCGAUCAGAUCCAAGGCCAUUCUUCAAAUUUGCUAAAGAAAUUUACCCAGGUCAAUUUCGUCCUUCCCUUUGUCACUAUUUCAUUAAAUUGCUAGAAGAGAAAGGUAAACUGUUGAGAAACUAUACGCAAAACAUAGACACACUAGAACAAGUGGCUGGGAUACAGAAUGUGAUACAGUGCCAUGGUUCAUUUGCCACAGCUUCUUGCACAGUUUGUGGAUAUAAGGUGGAUUCUGAUGCAAUUCAAGAAGAUAUAUUCAACCAAGUGAUCCCUCAUUGUCCAAGAUGCUCCCCAGCAGUACAUAAUGCUGUAAUGAAACCAGAUAUUGUCUUCUUUGGAGAAAGUCUUCCAGAGCAUUUUCACAACCAAAUGGCAGCGGAUAAAGAUGAAUGUGACCUUCUUAUUGUUAUUGGUUCAUCUCUUAAAGUUCGCCCUGUCGCCCUUAUUCCUAACUCUUUACCAGCUCAUGUGCCACAGAUUUUAAUAAACAGGGAAAGACUUCACCACUUCAACUUUGAUGUAGAACUUCUUGGUAAUUGUGAUGGAAUUAUGGCUGAACUUUGUCGUAGGCUUGGUCCAGGUUGGGACCACCUAGCUACACCAGGACCACCACUAGAUGAAGUGACUAUGUCUAGUCUUCCAACUCCACCAAUAAGUCCAGAAUCAAUAGAAUCCCAUGCUUCUGUGUGCUGUAAAUCUCAUGAGGCUCUUUCUCCUUCUGUCACCAAUAGAGCAGCUUACAUCAAUUCAUUGACCAAUGCAGAGGAUGAAGUAGAAAUUAGCACAUCAGAAUGCAUUGUUAGCUCUGCAGCUACAUCUCAGAAAGCAUCAUCCCCUUCAGUAGAGGAAGAUGUUGCAGGCACCAACGAAGUUGUGACAUCUCAAUCUGACUCAGCCUGCUGCAAAAGUCACAAGGCCCACCACUACAAACAUUCAGGCAAGUGGACUUUCUCAUCAUCUCGUAACACUCUAGCCCUGACUGACUGUGUAUCACCUGCAGAUCAUUCAUGCUCCCCUCACUCCGACCACCCUACAAACAGCUCUUGCUCAUCCCAGGAGAUUGAAACACUGGUCAGUGCAUGUCAUAAAAAGGAUGUUAUGUAUGUGCCCAACAAAAAGUCUCACUCACACCACCGGCAAACCAAUUCUCAUUCUUACCACAAUCACCACAGCCAGGAGCAGCAGUUGGGCACUUUCGUGCAUACUACUUUUGAUCCUGAGCAGCACAGAGCUGCUCUAUUGCUUGAUCAGCUUGGCUCUCAGCAGCCAAAGAAAGCAGAAAAAAGAGCCCAUGAUGUUAGUGAAUUUGCUGAGGCUGAUUCCCAGGGGGAACAUUGUGCUGAAGUGAAGAGACCUCGGCUAGAAUCUCACUGUGAAGAAGUGAAUGGAAAUGAGGUUGAUCUAGUGAGAAGUGAUUCUAUAUCACAAGAUGGAUCACUGGAGGACAUCAGAAAAAUGUGGUGUAGUAAAAACAGGGUCAGUUUGGCACACAGAAUGGCUGAGCACCAAGUACUUUAUCUCCCACCAAGUAGCUAUGUCUUUAAAGGGGCUGAAGUAUACACAGAUUCUGAAAGUUCCGAUUCCAGUGAUGAUGAUGAUGAGGAGGAGGAUGAAGAUGCCAAUGAAGAGAGUAGUGCUUCCAGUGAGGCAGAGGCUGACCAGUCCCAUGAAAUAUCUGUUGAAGCUGCUGGAGGAGCAGAUUCUUCUGGCCUUGCCACUUCAGAAGUUGAUUCUCCUGGAGCUGAUGAGCUCUCCACUCUGAAUGAAUCUCAGAAUAAUGAGUGCCUCUCUAUGCCAGACAUUCCAGUUGAUGUGGCAGCUGAUGCCUUAUCUGCGUGCCAAGUCUCUUCUACAGAUGACAUUAAGUCAUUCUGAAUGGAUUGCAUUCAUUUGAUGGCCACCCCAGAACUUUCAACUUUUAAUAAGUAUGUAUCCUUACUAAGUUCAUUUAGAACAACAUACAUAAGAUUUGCUUGUCAUAUUACUCGUUUCUUUUUGAACAGCAUACAUAGGAUUUGCUCAUUGGUAUGGUAAUGAAAAUAAUGACCAUAUCAUUCUGAAAGUUGUAUACCAGUACCUACUUGUGAGAAUCAUCUUCCUUUUCUUAAAACUAAUCAAGGUAUUAGAUUGUAUCAGAAAAUAUAGAAAGUUUUAUUUUGGGAUGAAUUGGUAGUGGACAUGAAAUGUGACUGUUCUGAGUGUGCUCCAUAUUUACAAUAUAUAUAUAUGUUGAUCAUCUGUUAGUUGGAUUUAUGCUGUGUUGUCUGGUUUAAUAUUUUGUGUUUGAAUUCUUGCUCUGUUGUAUCUAUUGUACUUUAUAAUUGUAUUUCCUCCUUAUCCUCUGGCUGUGACUGUCGACUCUAGCAGCAUUAAAUGAUUGUACUUAGCAUCUACUUCUGUGCAGUGACCACUUCCUAUUGUGGUGUAAUCUGUAUUGCAGUGGUUCUUGUUCAAUAGUUUUGAGUUCAUUAGUUGUGAUUUUCCUUGUGAAUGAAGGUGCUGUUGGACACUCUUCUGUGUGGCCAGUAUACAGUCUGUUACAAAACUGUUGUUUUAUCUAAACAUCAGAUUUUUUUAUUCCCCAGAUGAUUUUUCAUUCAACUGUUAAUAAAUGUCAUGGCAGCAUGAUUGUUUGGAAAGUUCUUACAUUGUACUAGAAACUGAUGACAAUAGUUUGACUGUCACUGAUACAUUAUUGUGUAUACAUACAAUGUCUAUUCAAAUCAAUGUAUAACAAAUAAAAGAUUGUAGAAACAAA